AUGAAGCUGACUUCAAGCUUCCUUUUGCCAUUACUGGCCAGUACAGCUUGUGCCGCAUCAGAUUCCGCCCGUGCUUAUAUCUUCGAAAGCCAACAAUGGCCAAAUAACGCAGCAUCACCUCCAUCUCUUUCCCCCAAUGAAGCACGACUCGUCCUCGCACAACGAUUAGGUGUAUCACGAUUCCAUGAUGUUGGAUCGGUUGAUGCUAAUGCCAUUAACCAUAUCAACAAGUUUGGAGGACAAUCACAACUGAAAUCCUUGUUCAAGGAUGCGCCAAAGGAUAGGGCCGCUGAGUUGGUUAUGAUCGUUGAGGGCGUAUCAGAAGAGACGGCUGGGUCACUAUUAGAUGCUUGGUCUUCUAUCAAACCGGCAUUCACAAUCUCAAAUCCGCCUUCAGUUAGGACGACUCAAAAGUUAGCAGAUGAUUUGGAGCUUCAGGUUGGUGGAGCAAAGAAAUGCACACUUGACGAUGCUAUCAAUCCAUUCGCAGACAAAUGUUGGAAUGGAAAAUCGAAGAUCAUGCACAUUGACUUGAAUAGGCAAUCAAAGGAUAAGGAUUUCAUCAAUACAUCCUUCGAACGAUUAACCAAAUUCGCCUCUAAAGCAGAAAUGAAUGUACUCGUCAUUCUUAUGCCUGAUUCCCGCAGAGGCAGUGGCUCUUAUGGCUCUUACGUUCGACCUUCGCAAAAGAAGCUCUCCAGCAGACAACAAUUCGAAGAGCCGAUGUCCGAGUUUGUCGGCCAUCAAGUACAGGAAGCACCCAGUUCCAAUUCUUCCUAUAAGAACAAUACUGUCAUAAAGACAACGCUUCCUGUCUGCCACGCUUCUUUGGAUUCCUGUACCUCAUCUACAAACAACUGCUCAUCAAUGGGUGCUUGCUACAAAAAAUACACGUCCCAAUCCGGUGACUGUUUUGCCUGUAGAUGUGAUGCCGAUUCCGGGCGUGGAGGAUCUGCUUGUCAAAAAAGAGAUAUCAGUGGUCCUUUCUGGUUGAUCUUCAUCUCCAGUUUCGUUCUAGUCGGGCUUGUUUCUUGGGGGAUUAGCAUGUUGUAUAGCAUUGGUGAUGAAAAAUUACCGGGUGUUAUUGGUGCUGGUGUUUCUUCCAACAAAGCAAGAUAA